GGACUGCGUUUGGGUCUUGCGUUUUUCUACAUUUGUUGGCUAUUUUGUUGUGCACGUAAGUAGUGUUCACCAUGAAGCUCAAGUGUGAGCUGCAGACGGUGUACCGAACCGGUGCUGGCGCCUCACAGUCGUCACGCAAGUCACAGGGCCUGCUGGUGCUGUCAGGACGCAUGCCCGAGCUGCUGGUCACCGCUUACACUCCGCGCAACAAGCGCGGCCUGCGCUACCAGGUGACCAGUCUGACGCGCGUCUUCACCCGCCAUGCGGCCGCCGGGAAGACGUCGCUGAGCUUCCGGGAGCCGGCCCACGACCUGCUGGUGACCGGCGAUCCAGUGCACGUGCGCGCGUUCCUGGCACAGCUGAGUGGUGCUGCGCGCGGCCAGGACAGCGAGCGGCCGCCGCCGGCCGCGGCGCCUGAGCGCGUACAGCCCAGUCAGAUGGGCCGGCCGCCGACGCGUCUGACGGCGCGCACUUCGGGCGAGUACGUGCGCGCCUUUCCGCCGGGACUGCAGCACCUCGCUGCUAACGGAAUCCGACUGCGGCGCGUCGAGGAGCGCCUGCUGCGCCUCAGUCAGCUGCGCUCCCUGGACCUGAGCGGUAACCGUCUGACACGGCUGCCGCCGAUCGACCGCCGGCUGCCACAGCUUUGCGAGCUCCGGUUGUCCGGCAACCAGCUGGAGACGCUGGAGCCGCUGGCCGAGCGGCCGGCAGACUCUCAGCUGGCCUACCUGGACGUCAGCGGAAACCGGCUGGCCGCGCUGCCCGACACACUGGCGUUCCUAACAAAACUGCACUUCCUGAACGCCGCCGGUAACCAGCUGGCGACACUGCCCGAGUGUGUGACGAACCUGGCGCGACUGCGCGUCGUCAACGUCUCCAAUAACCGGCUGUCGUGGCUGCCGGCGCAGCUGGAGCGGAUGGAACUCAUGGAGGUGGACACCCACGGGAACGCCGGUGUCGAGCCGGUCUAUGAGCCGUGCUCUGAUCAGCCUCCUUCCCUGGAGCACCUGGCCGCCGGAGCGGCCGUCCGCCGGCUGGGCGGCCGCCUCCCCAGCGCCGCCGAGCUGCCGCUCUGUCUACUGGAGCUUCUGGUACAGUGCGACAGGUGUCGCCAGUGCGGCCGGCCCUGUUUUGCAGGUGAGGGCGGCUGCGAGGUGCGGUUGCGCCCGGGCCCGCUGCGACACGGUCGGGCCUCACUGGUGCAUCCCACCGGCCGGCCCCUGCCGCUCAGGGAGGUGACCUGUUUCAGAUGUGUCGGCAGGAGGGCCAGGUGAUCUUUCGUUAGACGGUGCUGUGAGACUUGGGCAUUCAUUUAUGACGCCUUCGUGUGAUGACCACCCGCGAAGGCUC